UGUGACAAUUUAAUUUUGUAUUGUUGUUUCCCCUCUCUAAUCAACCCCGUCCCCCUACACAGCCGUUCCAGCUCCCGUCAUGUCCCACUGCGGAGCUCAGGGAAGCAUGGGUAGCCGCUCUGCCCUGCCCACGCGUGUCAAUAAAAUCUUCCUCUUCGAAUUCGAGAACUUCCGGGGCCGGAGGGUGGAGCUCACGGGAGAGUGUUUCAACAUCUGUGACUUUGGCUUCGACUGCGUCAGAUCCGUCGUGGUGGAAUGCGGACCCUGGGUAGCAUACGAGCAGCAAAACAUGAUGGGAGAGAUGUUUGUCCUGGAGAAGGGCGAAUACCCUCGCUGGGACAGCUGGACCAGCAGCUAUAGGAACGAGCACCUUAUGUCCUUCAGGCCGAUCCACACGAACUACCAGGACCAUAAGAUUUGCCUCUAUGAGUGUGUGAAUUUUGGAGGUCGCAAGAUGGAGGUUUGUGACGAGGACAUUCCCACCCUGUGGUCUUACAGCUUCCAGGACCGUGUGUGUAGCAUCCAGGUCUCGGGGGGAACGUGGGUCGGGUACCAGUACCCUGGCUACCGUGGCUACCAGUACUUGCUGGAAUGCGGUGCCUACCAGCACUGGAACGACUGGGGUGCCCGGCAUCCGCAGAUUCAGUCCAUCCGUCGAAUGAAGGACAUGCAGUCGCAUCGGCGGGGCUGCUUCGAAGUGGGGGUGUAGGCAUGGCAGCCUCACGGCUACAUCCACGACACCAGAUAUUUUAUACUGCUAUUAUUCUAAAUUAUAAGAUACUUACUAUUUAAUUUUCAGGUCUUCUGGUUUGUCUCAGGUUCUGCAGAUCCUUCAUUUUUUAUAUCUGUAUGCUUUCCCCAUUGUUAGGAAAAUAAGGCAGAUCAGGCUAUUUAUAUAAGAGUUUUCCCCUGCCGGUAGUGGCCAUGUGUAGAAAAGGCUGAAGGACACAAUUUCAAAGCCAGACCGGGCACAGUUUGUGCCUCUGCUUGUUUUAAACACACCCAACUGAUGGGGUCAGUGGUUCCUGAGGUGCUACUCUGUAAGCCUUUUCUCUUUGAAAUACAGUAUGGCCUGUCCUGGAGACCCCCAGUGUGUACAGUUCAGGUGCUGGACCAGUCUUCAGAAAGGUCUUCACUGAUCGCUGUAGGAAUGAUGGGACUGAACAAGGAUGGAAGUGCAUUUUUUGGUGGUUAGACUGUUUUUUUCUUUUGUGGGCACGCUUGGGCGAUACCUGAAGGUAAACGAAUGCCGAACCUUUCUCAGGGAUGCCGGCAUCCGGAAAGUCGGACCACUAAAGACUCGGCGCUGGAGGGCCGCAGAGGCAGCCAGUGACUUUAGUGAAAAAAUUCCCUUUUCGAUGUCAUUCCCUUACUCACCCCC